CCACGAGUGAGAUUCUCGAACGCAACCUGCGUCGCGCUUAAACUUAGGUUAAGACAUUGAAAACAGAGUAUCUUGUGAUUUACAAAAAAAAUGUACAUAUUUAUCGCGAGAAUGAAGCAGGUCAGAGCGACGUUGCAGAAUUAUGCGAAAAUCAGCAACGGUUUGUGCGCGAGAGGCGUGAAAAGUGCGACGAAAAAGAGCUACACCAAAACCGUGCUGUUGCCGCAAACCAACUUUCCGGCACGACUCAACGGCAAGAAGAGAGCGGAGAUGGAUAGUUAUCUGAUAGAAAAAUGCGGCUUUCUGGAGUUAUACAAGUGGCAGAGGAAACAUCUCGCCGGGCCUGACUUUGUCCUGCACGAUGGUCCGCCUUAUGCCAACGGGGAGCCACACAUGGGCCACGCCAUUAACAAGAUCCUUAAGGAUAUCGUUCUGCGUAGUAAAAUUAUCAGGGGCAGGAAGGUGCAUUACGUCCCGGGAUGGGACUGUCAUGGUUUACCGAUUGAGAUGAAGGCGCUUAGUGGCGCGCAAAACAUAAGUCCUUUGGAGAUUCGUCAGAAAGCCCGAAAAUAUGCGAGCGACGCAAUAGCCAGGCAGAGGGAGGUCUUCAUGUCGUGGGGUGUCAUAGCUGAUUGGAGCGAGUCUGGAUGUUACUUCACGAAUCAUCCUUCGUACAUAAAGAACCAGCUGCAGCAGUUCGUGAAUCUUUACGAAAGGGGGCUCGUGUACAGGGCGUUUAAACCGGUACAUUGGUCGCCCUCUUCCAAAACAGCAUUGGCAGAGUCGGAAUUGGAAUACAACGAGUCCCACAAGAGCAAGAGCGUGAUUGUUCGCUUGCAGCUUGAUGUGUUGCCCUUGAAUCUGAGGAACUUGGCAAGCGGGAAGUCUCUUCACGCCCUUAUCUGGACGACGACGCCGUGGACGUUGAUAGUUAAUCAGGCUGUAGCAUUCUCCGAGAACAGUGUCUACUGUGUGGUCGAAGAUAGUUUGAAAAACCUCUACAUCCUUGCGCAAGAACGCGUGACAAGCGUUGAGGAGAAACUCGGCCCGCUGAAGCCUGUUGCAACUGUCAAAGGACACGAGCUGACCGAGGCGAGGUAUCUCCAUCCAAUCACCAAGGAGCGUCUACCCUUCUUACCGGGCAAGCACGUGACGACCGACCUCGGUACCGGAUUGGUUCAUACGGCUCCGGCACACGGCCCGGAGGACUUCCUCCUCGCGAUAGAAAACGAUAUACCCGUGUUAUCCUUGGUGGACGAGGAAGGACGCUACACCGGGGACGCGGGCGACGAGUUCGUCGGCUUGAGCGUGCUGACCGAUGGCACUGAGAAAAUCCUGAGCCGCAUCGGCGCGGAUGUGCUGCACAUCGACGCAAUAACGCACAGUUACCCGUACGAUUGGCGCACCGGGAAACCGAUCAUCAUCCGUGCGAGCUACCAGUGGUUCAUAGACGUCAAGUCCAUCAAGGAGAAGGCCUUUGAUAGCAUCACGAAUUUGAGGAUAUAUCCGGAACAACACCGGUCGUCGUAUACAAACGCGUUGCACGCACAAAUCAAGCAUCGGCCAUAUUGGUGCAUUUCUCGACAACGCUCGUGGGGCACGCCGAUACCGGUGUUGCACAACAAACGAACCGGUGAUGUUUACACGAGCAGAAAGUGGGUUGACAGAUUGUGUAAAUUGACGGAACGUUGCGGCCCUGAUUACUGGUGGGAAAUGUCGACGGAGAAACUGAUCGGCCGCGAGCUUCAGCAAGAAUUGCCCGGCAACGUGGAUGACUUUGAGAAAGGAACCGAUAUCAUGGAUAUCUGGUUGGACAGCGGACUCUCGUGGUCGACCGUUUUGCCGGACAAGAAAGCGGACUUGUACUUGGAAGGGAUGGACCAAUUUCGUGGUUGGUUUCAGUCGUCGUUGCUAACGUCUGUCGCUCUUCAAGAACGCUCCCCUUACAGCGCAUUAUUCGUGCAUGGAUUCGCCGUGGACGACAAAGCCGUGAAAAUGUCCAAGUCGGUCGGGAACGUCGUGAAUCCCGAACUGAUCACCAAAGGGGACAAUUCGAACAAGAAUCCAACGUACGGCGUCGACACUCUGAGGUGGUGGGUAGCCGGCCACGCGUGUCAGCGCACUCAGGUGCCGGUUACGGCGGCGUUGUUGAACGAGAGUCACGAGUGCAUCCAGAGGCUGCGGCUGAUCCUGCGAUUCCUGCUGGGCGUUCUGCACUCGUACAGCGGGGGCACCUCGGUCGAGCCAGAAUAUCUUCACUUGGACAAAUAUAUGCUGCACGCUUUGUAUCAGUACGACAAAGAGAUUCAACGUUUGUACGACAAUUAUUUGUACCACAACGUGAGCAAACUGGUCACGCAUUUCCUGGCGAACACCGUGUCGUCGGUUUACUGCCAUCUGACCAAAGACCGGCUCUAUUGCGACGAGGCGACGUCGCCGGCGCGACUGGCCGCGGUGGAGGUGUCGCGUGAAACUUUGACCGUCCUCGCGAGAUCCGUCGCGCCGAUCGUCCCGCACUUGGCGGAGGAGGUGUGGUUGCACCAUCCCGAGAAUCUGGCAUCGGUGCAGUUGUACCAUACCGAGUACAAGAUACCGGAGACUUGGAACCAACCGGAAAUCGCCGCGCACAUGGAGACGGCCUUACACCUGAGAAACAAGGCGAGCACGUUGGCCGACCGAAACACGUGGGAAUUAUCGGGCGUCAUCACCGCGUCGAGGAGUGACUACGAAUCUCUCUCGAUCCUUCAGAAGGACCGGGAAUCCUCCACGUCGGAACUGUGCGAGAUCCUGCAACUAUCGUCGGUCACGCUGGCGGAGUCGUCCGCGAUAAACGAGGAGACGCGGGUCGAAUUACGCGAUAUCGGGAAGAGCCUCUGUCAGCGGUGCAGGAGGCACCCCGAGUCCGACGAUAAUGGACUGUGCAAACGUUGCGUCAAAGUGCUCGACGUGACGAACUUGUCGUCGGUGUCCUUGUGAGUGCAAACAACGCUGUUUUCUCACCAAU